GACAGUUUCUCAGUUCAAAGUUGUCAUGGCCUGUCAGAAUUGCACUGAAAUAUUUGUAAAUACAUAAGAGUACUCGUUUACGUGGUUACAUUAGUGGCGAAUGUUAUAGUUUGCAUUCUUUUUGUUCAAAAUUGCCCGAAUAUGGUGAGUAAGUCACACGCUAUUUGAAACCCAAGAUCCCAGUAACUAUAGUGGACCUAGCAAGUAGGAACGCAUCCCGAUUUGUUCGCAACGAGAAUAAAAAAUGAAGAGAAGUACCAGCACGAACGAUUCCUUCAGCGCAAGCAGCACUCAAUCCUUCCCAAAAUCUCUGCAAAACAUAUUUCCGGAUGAUGAAAUAGAAGACGUUGUGGGCGAAGUUAAACUUUCAGAAUCACAAAAAAGUGUAGCCAUGUCAAAUGUAUACUCUAUGGACUUCACGGACAGUAGUAGCUCAGAGAAACACAACUCCUCAGGCAUGGAAACGUAUAUCUUAGAGUGGGACAGUGAGGACAGCGAAUCUUCAGCUCUACAGGGCAAUCUCAGCAUCAUCAGCGUGAAGGACAGUAGGCCAACCAAACCUAUUCUUGUCAACAAAGACGCACAAUGUGAUGUCACGAAGAAAAUAAGUAAAUCUUCCUCCACCAGUCUAAACAAAUGCUCCAUCUUCGCACAAGAAAUAUUCACACAAACCAGUAAAACUAUCAUAGAGCUAGCUGAAAGUGACGGCGCGAUCAGAAAGAUCGACAGUAAAACGUUAGAAACACAAACUUCCUUUAUAUCCAUAACAGAAAACAAAACUUUCGAGUACAGAAUAGAAGUAUCUGGUGCCGCACAAAAUUUAAUUAGAAACGAUGUCGGUGACUCAGGCGACAACUAUCUUGAUGUUGUAACCCCACAACAAAUAUUCCCGACCUCCAUCGACGAUGGUUCAUCAAAAUUCGUAACAUCCGAAACAGAUAACGAAAAGUCUGAUGACGGUACCAGUAAUAAUAGUUCGUGCAGUAACGACAAGCUCGCGGACAUAGUCAAUGACGAUUUCAAAGACAACGACCUGCUAUAUGACGAGUCAAAUGAAGAUCGGUACGAGAUCACCAGUGAAUUUGAACAAUCGCCAAAUAUCAGUGAUAUGGAGGAAGAUUCACUCAUGGAAAUUAAAGCUAAAGAUAGUAAAGUUGACAAUGAGAGUGACACCUGCAACACGCCAAUAUCUGUUGAUAAUGAUGUUGCUGAACUGUACACUAAAUUAUCUGAAACCGUAGAAUUCUACAUGCCGAACCAGGAACAAGAAAAGAGACGUAUUAUUGGGUACUUGACUCCUUUGACUGAGGAGUCAAUUGUUAAGAAAGAUAGUACAGGGGAAAUGGAAUGUAGUUCGUCUAACAACAUCAUAGACCUGACCGCAGACGACAACGACGUGCUGUUCACGAACAAUGCUGGAAUAAAAGUCAAAUUAUUCCCCAAAAGUGAAUCUAACAAAGAAAUUGAAAGUUUCAAGUUGCCCCCCAUACAGGGGAACCACAAUAACUCUGAUGGCAACUUGAACUUUUUAUUUAAUGGUAAAGGAUCGAACAAGAAUAGCUCACCGGGUGAUGAUCGAAGGGACAGGAAUCUGAAUAGAAAUAUGGAUAGAUGGGAGAUAGGAACUAAGGAUCUGGCGUCAGGAGAGAGUCCACUGAUUAGUGGAAGAAGUGACGCUGAGAGAGCGUCUCACGGGUCCGUGCAGCUGCCCCCAAUACAUGCGGAAGGACACGGGACGCACAGCCCCAGUAAACUUGAUCAGCACUUGAGCAACUCGAGCAAGACAGACGCUGUGUCCUCGGAACCCACCUUGCCAAUCAGUAUUAAGGAGAAGAUCAGAGAGCUGAAGAUGAGUCACAGGCCACGAAACUCUUGGACUAAUUCUAAGUAUACGUAUGGAUCAGGCAGUAGAAGCGGGUCUCCCAGCACGGUGUCUCCUGAUGAGAGCCGGGUGACUGACGCUGCGGAGCGAGGGUGUGAGCUCGUCUGCAUUGAGCUGCUCAAGAAACUGCGCUCGCAGUCUUGGUUUGAAGUAGCAGACUCGUUAGAGGACCUUCCUCGUCUGAUGGACAAGUUUUGGGGCAUCAUAGCGGAGCAUAGAAUUGCAGAUCUUAUACGACAAGUGACGGCACACGUGGAGUCACCGAGGACGCAGGUAGCGCGCGCCGCCUGCAAUACUCUCGCCUCCAUACUCAAAAAUACCAAUUACACAAAGAAACCGGACUUUUACGAAGCAGUGACAAUAUUAUUAAUAAAGACUGGCAGCUUCAGUCGACCCGUGAGACGUGCUGCCAACGUGGCUCUGGACGAUAUAGUCUGUGGCGUGGACUUGAGCCAUGCAAUCACUGCUCUGUGCAUACAUGGCGCUAGUCACAAGAGUGCGCUAGUGCGGUGCGCGGCCGCGCGCCUGCUAGUGGUGUGCUGUGCACUGGGGGGCGGGGGGCGGGACUUGCUGCGCACACGCCCGCCCACCGCCGCCUGCGCACGCAAGCACGCGCUCCGCUCACUCGCUUUGCUGCUUGAUGAUAAAAGCACUGAAGCCAGAAAAUACGCCGAACGUUUGUACUCAAUGUUGCGACCGCUUGCAAACUUCGAGGCUUACUACCUAACCGAUGUGGACCUGGACACGGCGUCGCGGCAGAUGAAGAAAUACGACCAGCUGCUGCUGUGCGGCCCGCCGGAGACCAGGUGACGUCACACUGCCACUCAUGACGCAUCAGCGUGACGUCAUCACCUCCUUGUAGCGUAAAUCGCUGAUUUACUUUCUCAUUUAUAGUUUGCGUUGAAUUAAGGGAAGAAAAUACUGGUACGAAUAGAUGCCUUCUCUAUUUAUUUUAUCGCCGACGAUGUAUACGAAUCUUUUAGUGCUUUUCUGAUUGUAUAAAUAAAUAUAUAAAUGUAAUAAUCCAUUAAAAACACAACAGCAUAAUUAUAAACACAAAAAUAAUGAAAUGUAAACGUUUACUGUCGUUAUUUGGGUACCACGAGGCUUGCGAUCAGUGCAUUUUGAAUGAGUUUUAACUAAAUGCAAUUGUGAUUUCUCUAAAUCUAAUUCAUAACUUUUUUGAAAAUAUUUAAUACGAUAACUUGUUAAGAAUAUCGGAUGACAUUAUUAUAUCACUACGUUAUAAUAUCAUAAUUUAUUGUGUUAGUUUAUUAGAUUUUUUCACAAAUUAACUAUCGAAUGAAGUACGAACUGUAUACCAACUCUUUCAAGUUUGAUUUCUUUUAAAUAACUUGAUUGACUGAAAAUAUAUUUUGAAAGAUUAUUUUGCUUGUGGUCACAUAUGAAACUUUCUUUAAAUACGCAUACACAUACCUACGCACUCAAUUCUAUGUAAGUAGCUAAUGUGUGGGACUAUGAAGUUCAGCCUACCUAUUCGGUUAUUAGUUCCUGUCGGUCAUGUCGUAUUGUGACAGAGAAGUAUAAAUAUCCCGUCUCAAGUUCCAAUGAUAGCGUUAGUGACUAUGUCUGUUUAAAUUUUUUAUUUUUUGUUCUGUAGCCACGUACUAGGGGCACGGUAAUUGGUAUUUAACUGGGCGGUUUAAGGUGUCUAUUAACAGAAAAAUAAAUAUACAUCAUCCCCAAUCGAAAAUUUCCACUCGAAAAGUCAGUUAUUAUCCCAUUUUCCUUAAGUCAGUCAGUCCCGUGGUACCCAGAUAGUAUCAAUUGAUAGUUAAUCUGUAGUUCUAUGAUAUAUAACUAAAACAAAAUUUGUUUUCGUAAUGAAAAUAGAGUUUUGUAAAUAUAUAUACUGUAUUUACAUUAUUUAUCUCGAUGCUUGUUUUAUAAACAUUUUAAUCUGUGACAGUUAUUAAGUAGUUUUUCGCUGUGAGUUUGUAUGGCCACGGUUCUAAAAUAAGUAUGACAUUCAGAUUUAUAGUAAACCAUGUAGAUUA